UACAGUUGAACUGGCGGGAGUUUUUCACACAGAGUUUUAUUUUCUCCGGAGGAGACCGAAUAAGACAAAUUAAACUGUAGGGAGCAUCUAUAGGCAUCUUACAGCUUCACCACACAGGUCUGCAGACCUGAAUAGGUGUGCAGUAUGAAGGCAGCCAUUGACAAGAUUCUGUCCUUGUCUGAGGGAGAAAGUAUAAAGGAGCUUGAGCAUCACCUCACUUCUCUGACUGAUGACCAGUUGACAGCACUGAUCACAAAUGCUGCCCUAAAAGGAAAGGCUUCAGCAGCUGUGAUCAAAGCCAUAUUCAAAGGCUCCCUGGUGAGUAGUUCAGAUGGAGCCAGUCGCAGGUUGUGUGUGUAUAAGCACUGCAUUCCCCUCUGUGAAUCUGGAGACCUGCAGACAGAAGUGGCUUCAGACAUAAUUGGGCUGCUAAUGUUAGAGACACAUACUUUGCCUGGUUCUGCACUGGCAGUGUUAGCAUCUUUGUUUGUGGAUGCUAUUAAAGUAGGUGAAAUGGGUAAUGGCAAAUCACUGGAGCUUUUCCCCACUAUCCUAACUGCCCUGGCAGCAACAGAGGCCAUAGCCUAUGGCAAAGGUGAGUUAAGUGGAGACGAGUACAAGAAGCAACUGAUCAAUAGUCUUUGCUCAAGCAGGUGGGACCCACAGUGUGUGAUCCACCUCACCACCAUGUUCAGGGAUGUGCCGUUAUCACCAGAGGAGCUGCAGUUUUUAAUUGAGAAAAUUUUGAGGAUGUUCCACAAACUGGACCUGCAGGAGAUCCCUCCUCUGGUCUACCAGCUGCUGCUUCUGUCUGCCAAGGGAUGUAAAAAGCUUGUGUUACAAGGAAUUAUUGAGUAUUUUCGAGAGCAGGAUGUGCGUCAGAAAGAAGAGCAGAAAGAAGGAGAGAGUAUGGAUGUUGAGGUCCAGACCAUCCCACAGGACCAGCUUAGGCAUGUGGAAGGAACCACAAUCUUACACAUUGUAUUUGCGUUUCGCCUUGACCAUGAGCUUGGCAGAGAGUUCUUAAAAAGCCUCAAGGUAUCUCAGGGUCAGCCCCUGUGUCCCUUCAGUAUUGCACUGCUGCUUUCUGUGGCCCGUAUCCAGCGCUAUGAAGAGCAAGUGUUUGAGUUCCUAAAAGGAGCUGUUAUGAAGAAUUUCAAGGAUGAGCAGGUUCAGCAGGGUUCUAAGCUUCUGCAGGAUCUGCUACCCCCUUGCCACAGUGCUUCACAAAUGAUUCUAGACACUGUCAAAAACAGUGUGUUUGGCUGGGACCAUGUCACACAGAGCCUAGUACAGUUAGGCUUUAUCCUCAUGGACUCCUUUGGACCAAAGGCGGGACCUUUUGGGAAGAAUACUGAAGCUCCAACUACUACAGCUAAAACCCCGUCCCAGCUUGCAUGUCGACUUGGUGGACAAGUUCUCCAGGAGAGCUUCAAGCUACAUGAGCCAAUCAGAGGCGAAAUCCUGGAGCAAGUCCUGAAUCGACUGGUUACAAAGACAGCUUCGCCAGUCACCCAUUUCAUUGAGCUUCUUUCCAACAUCGUCUUGUCUGCUCCUAUGAUCCUCCUGGAGUCUUCAUCAAAAGUGACGGAAACCUUUGAUCAGCUAUCCUUUCUGCCUCUUAGCACUGUGCAGGGACUUCUCAAAGCUGUACAGCCCCUGCUCAAAGUCAGCAUGGCUUUAAAAGAUGCUCUGAUCCUCGUGCUAAGAAAAGCCAUGUUCUCCAGUCAGUUAGAUGGACGGAAAUCUGCUGUGGCUGGCUUUCUCUUGCUGCUGAAGAACUUCAGAGUCUUGGGGAGUCUAGCCUUGAGUCAGUGCAGCCAGGCACUGACCUCUAGCCAGGUCCAGGCAGAUGUUCACUCACGCUAUAACUCUGCUGCUAAUGAAGCUUUCUGUUUGGAGAUCCUGAGCAGCCUUCGCCGCUGCCUCGGUCAGCAGGCGGAUGUGCGCCUCAUGCUCUAUGAGGGUUUUCAUGAUGUUCUCAGACGCAACUCCCAGUUGGCAAGUUCCAUCAUGCAUACCCUCCUGUCACAGCUCAGACGAUACUAUGAACCAGAGCAGGAUCUCCUGCCUCCUGUGAAGCUGGAGUCAUGUAUAACUGCACAGGGAGACCAAGUCUUCCUUCAGGAACCUCUGGCUCAUUUAUUUUCCUGUACAGUCCACUGCCUGCUGUGGCACCAGAGUGUGAAUGAGACCACUGGGGGAGGUGCUGAUGAUGAAGAUGAGGAAGAUGAAGGAGGGUUCCAGGAUGAACUCUAUACAGUCCUGGACAGUGUAACUAGACGAAUGAUCAAGAGUGAACUAGAGGACUUUGAGUUGGAUAAGUCUGCUGAGUUCUCGAUGGCAUCCAGUGUUGGAGUGAAGAACAGUAUUUAUGCGGUUCUUGUGAUGGGAAUAUAUGAAGUUCUCAUGGAAUACAACUUCAUUACAGGCAACUACAGUAAAAACCGGUUUCAGGAGGUAUUGGAGCUGUUUAAUUGUUACCAUAAGUUGUCUGACAUCCUGAGGGAGAAAUCAGGAAAGGGCCGGACACUAGCCAGUAAAACCCCACGUAGUCUGCUCUCUUUGGGAUUCGUGUCUACCCUUCUCACUGCUCUCUUCCGAGACAGUGCUCAGAGUCAUGAGGAGAGCCUAUCAGUGCUGCGCUCCAGUGGGGAGUUUAUGCGCUACAGUGUGAGUGUGGCACUGCAGAAGGUUCAGCAGCUGGAGGAGAUGGGUCACACAGACGGGCCAGAGGGUCAAAGUCCUGACAAGACCUUUCACUACCUUUGCAACAUCACCAGUGUGCUUAUGUGGCGGUAUACUAAUAUUCCAUCAGCUGUGGAGGAUGCUGGGAAAAAGGAGAAGAACCAGAGCAUGUCUCUGCUGUGUCUGGAGGGGUUGUUGCGCAUCUUCAGUACGGUGCUUCAGCAAUACCCCACCAAAAUGGCCAGUUUCCUCUGCUCUCUAGAUGUUUCAGAGGAGAUGGAGGAAGAAGCUGAAAAGGCCAACCUGACUGAAAAGGCUGCCUUCUACAUCCGUCAGUUUCAGCGAGCCCUGUUCAGUCAGUUGACUGGAGGAGAGGAGGAUUUUAACAGCAGAGAGGCUCAGCUGCUGGUCAGCAUCCUCAGUCUACUCUCACGCCUGCUGGAGCCCUCUUCCCAACAGUUUGUCCAAAUGAUUACAUGGACAGUCAAAAUCUGCAAAGAAACCAGCUUUGAGGAUAUUUCCUUCAGCAAGGGUCUACUGUCUCUUCUCUUCAGUCUGCAUGUCCUCUACAAAAGCCCUGUGUCUGUGCUGUGGGAGCUGUGUCAGGACAUCCACAGUGUGCUUGGAGACAUAGACAAGGAUGUGGAGGUGGAGAAGCAGUCUCAUUUUACCAUUGUCAGCACAAAGACAGCAGCAUCCACCACACUGUUGGUCUUGUCCCAGGUGGGAAAAGUACUGGAUGAGGUGGACUGGCUAAUUGCCAAAAAGAAAGACCAAUCAACUUCUGAUAGAACAACUUCAGGAGGUGCCACUCAGUUGACGGGUCAGCAGGACCCUGUGGAGAAAGCAGUGACUCUGCAAUUAGGGACUUUGCUGACCGCUCUGAACGAGCUGGUGCAAACAGCCCUUCCCACUGGAGCCUGUACAGACACUCUGCUACGAGAACUCAGCCGAACCUACGCCAUCCUCACCACCCUCAUCAAAUACUACAUACAGGUGUGUGCAGCUCAUCCUGGCCAACUGCCUGCUCGACUGGAGAAACUGGUGAAGCUGUCAGGCUCUCAUCUCACUCCUCAGUGCUACUGUUUCAUUACUUAUGUACAGAGUGGUGAGGCCAGUGUAGGAGCAAAUGACAAGAAGAAAAAAAGGAAAGAAGAGGAAGCUGUUAUGGCUGCAUCAGCCAAAGUUCUUCGUGCGAGCAAAGCAAUUCCCACCCUAAUCUUCAAUAUCGAGCAGUAUGAGAAGUUUUUAAUUCUUCUCUCCAAGAAAUCAAAGGUGAAUUUGAUGCAGUACAUGAAGCUGAGCACUUCAAGAGAUUUCCGGAUCAACGCUGCCACGCUUGAGGCUGCCCUGCAAGAGCAACAGCAGGAGAGCCAGCAGACCGAGGUCUCUCAAGUUUCUGAGGAGAGUCAAGCCCCCAAGAAGAAGAGAAGAAAGCAGUGAAAUUUUGGACUCUCCUUUCUGAUCCUCCAUUACCCACUCAGACAUGUUUUUUUGUUUGUUUGAUGUUUCGCUGUCAUCCAGGUCUCCAGUUAUUUGAAGGCUGUUUGAGCUGGCUAUCUUCCUUUGGCUAAACAACCUUUGGUAAUUUCGAUUAACUGAUAAAUGUCCAAGGCUUCACCUGUUGAUAAAAAAAAUUAUAUAAAGCAUUUUGUUGAUUUCCAAAAUAAAAUUUAAAUACUAAUUUA